UUUGGCAGCCGGAUGUGUGCCAUGGAGGAGCCGGUGAGGAAACGAGGCCGGAGGACCCGAAGCGGCCGGGGCCGGCGUUCUCGCGCUCAGCGGUCUCCAGCUCGGCGCUCCCUGGACUCGGUACUUGUGGACUUGGUCAGCGACAGUGAUGAGGAUAUCCUGGAGGUCCCAACGGCGUGCGGUGCUGCGGACCCGGCUGAGGUUCCGCUCCCGGUGGAGGUCCGGCUCCCGGAGCAGGUGCCGCUUCCGGAGCACGCCGUGCCGGCCGCGCCCCGGGACAACAGCGACAGUAACAGCGAAGGGGAAGAUGCACGGCCUGCUGGAGCCCCUCCGGUUCUCGUCAGGCAGCGGCGACGGCGGCUGCUGCUGGAUCCGGGAGAGGCCCCGGUGGUUCCGGUGUACUCCGGCAAGGUGAAGAGCAGCCUCCACCUCAUCCCAGAUCACGUGUCCCUCCUGCAACUGUGUCCCCUAGAGGCUGAGGAAGAGGGGGACGUGGCAGAUUCCAGCAGUCCCCACGCCGAGGAUCCCCCAUUUACAGAUUCUCCCUGGAAGAAGAAGCUGAGGAGUAAGGAUGAAGAAGAAGACAAGAAAGAGGAGGUGUCUCUGGCUCAGGACACCUCUCCUUUGCCGCCACCUCUGCCAAGGACCAAAAGCAGAAAGCAUACUCGGGCACUGCAGAAGUUAAGGGAGGUGAACAAGCGCCUCCAGGAUCUCCGCUCCUGCCUGAGUCCCAAGCAGCGCCAGGGCCAGGACCACCUGAGCCAAGAUGACGAGGUGGUCCUCGUGGAGGGCCCCGUGCUCCCCGAGAGCCCCCGACUCUUCCCUCUCAAAAUCCGGUGCCGUGCUGACCUGGUCCGAUUGCCCAUCAGGAUGUCGGAGCCCCUGCAGAGUGUGGUGGACCACAUGGCUGCCCAUCUCGGGGUGUCACCAAGCAGAAUCCUCUUGCUCUUUGGAGAGACAGAGCUGUCUCCUACCGCCACCCCAAGGACCCUCAAGCUUGGAGUGGCAGACAUCAUUGACUGCGUGGUGCUAGCAAGUUCUCAAGAGCUUGAAGACACAUCCCAUCUGCUCCAGCUGCGGGUGCAGGGGAAGGAGAAGCACCAGAUGCUGGAAGUCUCGCUGUCUCGCGAUUCUCCUCUCAAGACCCUCAUGUCCCGCUAUGAGGAGGCCAUGGGACUCUCGGGCCACAAGCUCUCCUUCUUCUUUGACGGGACAAAACUUUCAGGCAAGGAGUUGCCUUCUGACCUCGGCCUGGAAUCUGGGGACCUCAUUGAGGUCUGGAGUUGAAACCCCACUCCCUGUUUGGGGCUCAUCCUGGACUCAGGAAGAAUGGCUGCCCCCUUUUGGCCCUGUAAGGGCUGGCCAAAGCUGAGGUAGCACUUAUCUUUAAGCGGAAGUAACAUCAAGGCAUGACAUAUGACCUCCUGUCCUGUUAGCUCUGGGUUCAGGCCGUUAGUUACCUGGUUGGUUGUGUGGUCGUCAUUGCUCUGUAGGCUGGCUGAGUUUUACAGCUCCCGGGAUACCCCUCGCCUGUCACGUCCACCAUCACCCGUCCACCAUCACCCUUUCCUUCACCAAAAUGUCUAUUUUAUGAAGCUGCUCAUAUUUAAAGAGGGGUUGAAAUAAACUGGGGUUGAGUAUGGGAUUCCAGACCUGGGAUUUAGGCUACAGUCUAGGCCCAGCAGUGGCCUUGGUGGCAUUUGAAGUUUGCCUAAGGCACGUGCACAGGUGUGGUCUGGCAGGGAGAGAAAUGAUCACGCUCACACGAGCAGGGGCUUAAGUAGAGGCAGACAGGGAACCACCUCUAAGGAUAUAGCGGGUUCUCGGCCAUCUGACUCAUGCCGGGACCCUUUUGAGCCCUUUGCUGGUGCUCACACGUUGUUUAACGCGUCAUUGAGAACACUGAGCCUUUUUGUUGGGGAUCUGAUUAUGGUCCGUGCUAGGCUUCUCUGGUUUUAUGGUUUUCCCUGUUUCCUCAUGCCACCCUCUCCCAUAAGCAUCCAUCCUAGGUUGGACUUUGCUUGUCCUUGAAUCUAAACGCAGUGCAGUACAUGUGGAUUUCCUUGUUAUGUCUGUGCUCUUGUGCUGUAGAUUUGUGCUGCUGCUUUUCUCACUUGUGUGUUGCUUUGUUGCUCGGGACUCGGUGGCGUUCUGCAGUGGGCGUCAGCGGCGUGUUAUUGAACGUGCUCGCUCAGUGGGCCCCUCCCCUCGGUGCCUCCAGCCCCUGGGCAUGGGGACAAGGCCACGGCGAACGUGCUAUAACAUGUCCCCUUCCACGCUUGUGUAAAGUUCUCUAGCCUAGGUGCCCAGCAUGGGGUCAUGGUUUUACCACAUUUUUCACCCAGUUUUUCUUUCUCUGUGGUUUUGCCACAUUUUUCUUUCGAUGGUCCCUGACCCUCCCACUGGACGCUUCCCGUUUCCCCUCAUCCUCACCUGUGUUUUUAUUGCCCAACUUCCUAAUUUUUGCCAGUCUGCUGGGUGUCGAGUGGCACUGUGUUUUAAGGUCCAUUCAUCUGAUCAUCAGGAAUUAGGGAGUGUCUUCAUCUACCAGAAAGGUUUCCCUUUCUGUAAACUUCUCAUUUGUUCCUGGGGGCUUCCUGUCUGUUUAUUCUCAAGAGUUGCUUGUAUAUGCCUAGCAGUUUCAGAUAGGUCUCAGAGUGGCAUUUGGGUUUGUGUAUCUCGGGGUGUCAUUUACUGAACAGAAAUGUUUCAUUUUGAUGUAGGUGGAUUAACUAUUUUGUCUCAUUAUUUGUUGAUUUUCGAUUUCUUAUAUAAAAGGUAGUUAAGAUAGUUUCCAUGUUCUUCUGUUCACUUAUUUGCUCUUCCUUUCACAUUUAGGCCACCACAUAGGGCUGGAGCCCAGCUAGUACAGGCUGGCAUCUGCAGUGGCUGGUGUCUGCUCUGCAUGGGCACACAUUUGUUCUCAUCGUUGAUGCCAGGCUGUACUGGCUGCUAAAUAUCAAAUAUUUUAAAACUAUUUGAGCUUCACGAGAUCUGAGUUUUAUUUUCACUGUAUAAUGAGCCAGUUUUCUCAGUGGUGUCUACUAAUAAAGCCAUUAAUUUUCACUAUA